AUGGCAAACGACGACGAACAGGCCCUUCUGCAUGGCACCGACCCCGACGAGGGACGGAGCUACCCAGCGACGGACUUUGGGCCGUCCAGAGCGGUAAGCCCGCUCGUCGGACCGCCCGCCAUUGAGAGGGGGGGGGGGGGGGGGGCUUUGCUGCUGCGCACCGAGGAGCCAUCGACCCGAGAGGAUAUAAGCCGGCCACACUCCGACCCCUUCCUCCCCUCUCAUUCCAUCCUCAUCCUCAUCCACAUCCUCCUCCAACUCGCCUACUUCCUCCUCCUCUUCAUCGAGCUCAUUCAUCGGCCUUCUUCGAACACCCACCCAAGCAACCCUCCGCAAGCCCUCGCCAUGAAGCUCACCGCCACCUUCUCGCUCCUCGCCGCCGCCAUCAUGGCCGGCUCCGUCUCGGCCCAGUCCGACGACAGCUUCGACGCCAUCAUCACGGCGAUUGCCAGCAUCGACCCCACCGCUGGCGGCCCUGACCCGCUCGCCUACCCCUCGCAGCCCGUCGAGGCCGUCGAGGUCGUUGCCAAGCUCAGCGGCGACGGCGACCUGGUCAAGUCGACCGACGCCUUUGACGUCGAGCACUUCCAGGCCGAGUCCAACGACGGCAGCUCGGACGUGACCCUGGUCGGCGAGAGCGCCCCCGUCGCCCGCUCCCUCUACUCGAACGGCAUCAACAAGGGCAGCAUCGCCCGCCGCGAGAUCCCCCCCGUCUCGGUCGCCGCCGACCGCUACGAGCAGGUGUUUGGCAGCAACAACGACCUCUACGCCGCCAAGGGCUUCCACGACGCCUCGAUCCAGGGCCCCUUCUACCUGACCUACACGGUCGUCUCGAACGGCACCGCGCCCGCUCAGUACUCCGCCGCCAAGGAGGCGUGCUUCACCCGCUGCGACAAGACCAAGGGCUGCACCUUUGUCAACAUCUUCAACGAGAAGAACAACCGCCUGCUCGACGAGGUCUUUAGCGAGAAGAGCGACCUCAAGUGCGCCCUCUACGGCGACGUCUUCACCGAGGGCCAGAAGACCAACUACGGCGGCCAGCAGCUCAAGGAGAACGCGCCCCUGACGGCCAUCUACAACUCGUUUGGCUUCCGCAAGCCCGCCGUCGGCGGCCCCGUCGCCGGACCCUUUGACGUGCCCGGCUACAACCGCACCGAGCUCGUCGGCGCCGUCCGCGACAACCUGCUCCCCGCCGGCAGCGGCAACAUUGGCAGCAGCAUGCUGACCCAGUACAGCCCGCAGAAGUGCGCCGACGCGUGCAACCAGAAGGCCGGCUGCAACUACUUCAACAUCUGGAGGGCCGAAGUCAAGGGCGCCCCGCGCUCCUACUCGUGCGUCCUCUACGGCGCCACGCCCGCCUCGGGCACCGACAGGAACUACGGCCAGUGGAUCGAGGGCGGCACCGUCAAGCUCAGCGUCACCCAGUCGCGCGGUUACGCCAAGCAGGCCGUGCCCGUCUAG